UAGUCACAGUUCUACCUUCUACGCCUUAUUCUCAGAGUCCCUAUUUCCGAUUCGAUAUCUCCUCAAUUCCCCCUAAAACAGAAGCGAUGAACUGCCGGAACCGCUAUCGCUCCCACGCUCUGCCGCCGCCGCCGUCGUCCGAGUCCAUCAAACUCAAGAUGUGGCAAAUCGUCUCCCGCCACGAGCAGCUGAAAGUCGCCUUCCACCAGCUCCAUUCUCAGAUCAGGACCGGUCUGCUUGAGGCGGAGGAAGUAUUCGCGUCGCUGGCUAUACCCCUGACGAAGCUGGUUGGGCUUAAGACGGUUGAAAUGGCUGCCGAGGAGAGAUUCAGCACUAUCUUCACUUCUGUUGAUCGUUCCCCUUGUCAGCAAGAGAACUACAUGGCCAGAGCCACCACCGCUGGCAACGAGUUCAUCGAGAGACAGAAGCUACAGCUUAUGCAGCUCAUCAGCCUUCUGAAGAAGAUCGAGGCCCAGGUCAACUUGAGCCAGAGAAGCAUCUUCCAGAAUCUAUCUGACCAUCAGGCUGACAUGGAAAAGUUCUUCCUAAAAGCUUUUGCAUACGUUUCCUCAACUCACCAGUGUGGCCCCAGCAACGAACUCUUCCAUGUGAUGUUAAAGAUACUCAGAGCCACAUUCAACCAGGUGGGGGCUGCACUCGGGUCAGUUGAGGUCGGAAUAGAUGACCUUAUCCGUGAGCUGGCUCAGAAGAUGUGUGGUCCCAUGGUUGAGUAUGCCAAUGGUCUCAAGGUCGAGAUUAGAGCCGGGACUUGCUCUCGGUUGCUGGAGGUCAUAAAGGAGAUGGAUGGGGCAAUGAAGGUUAGGGAGUUGGAGUUGGAGGAGGCGAGAAAUCGCACCAGGUUAGCAGAAGAGGGAAGGAUGAAGGCCAUGAACAUGGUGAUGAAAUUGGGGAAAGGGGGUGGGAAAAUGACCAUGUCGUCCCCAGAACUGUUAAUGGAGGAUAUUAAAGAGUCGGGAGAACACUCGACACAUGAAAAGUCUUUGGGCACUAAGGCAGAUCAGGCAAAAGAUGAAAACUUACUAUGGGAACUCCUGAGGCAGAAAAGAAAAUGUCACGUACCAGAUAGUCCCAUUGGACCGAAUGAGCUUCUGGGCAUAGCCACGUGCAGCAAAAAGCUUAAGGCGACAAGGUUGUUACCCCCACUCGGUCACAGACCUUUUACACGUUCCGCAUCAAAAACAGCCGAUUUACAGUCUUCCUUGAGCAGUUCCAGGUUGCUCUUAGGUUCUUCCCCUACAACCACAACUAAUCGAAAAGUUUUAGGCAGGAGGUGAGUAGCUCCCUAAUUUCAUGUUCAAUGAAAAAAACUUGUUAUUGCAUAAUUGGUUCAAUGCUAUUGAAAUUUCUAGUAUUAUACUCGUCACGGUUUAAUUUCUUUUCCUGUGAAAACCGUAGAAUGUUAUUCCUUUUGCUGGUGCUGGUUUUGUUUGUGCAUAUCAUAGAAAGAUGAAGAAAUAUUGAGUUUAUCCGAUUUCAUGCAUGCCGAACAUUUUGUAUGUGCAAGCAAGUCGUAGCUGUGAACAGCAAAAAAAGAGAGUUAUCUCCAGGUCUCAUUUUGGAUUGAAUUUUGUGUCCAGUGGUAUUUUGCAUGAAAAAAAAAAAAAUAGCAAAACAUAUCCAAAUUGUCAUCAGAGAUUCAGAAGUCCCACCUUUGGAAACAAGAUUCUGAUUCAAUAUAAUUAUUUAGGUGCAUUUUUUAGAUUGAUUUGCGCAAAUGCAGAGAAACUAGUUAGAUUAUAGCUUUUGAAGUUCAUUUUCCACUCAGAUUUGGGCAAUUUGAGUGAGUACUAAAAGAACACUUUUAUUCAAAUCAACCAUAGAGCUUCUCGUUCUGUUUGUAGGUUGUG